CCCAUGGUACUACUCAUUUCUCUGCUCUUUCUUCAAUUUACUUGUUGAUUCUGUUUCGCCAAAAAAUCCUAUCUGUUUAUGUGUAAUCUGAACCAAUCUGUUCAUCACAAUUUACUACUUUUUGGUACAAUUUAAAUACAUCAAAUCUGAUUUCACACUUGGGUUCAGUUGUUAUUAGAGUUGAAUUCUAGUUUCCAAUGUUUCAAGAUGAUGGGUCAUCAUCUGUGACUUCAACACCAGUCCAAAACCAAAUCUUUCCAACAAUGUCUCUUUCACCUGCAAUGGGAUCGCCAUACCCAUGGCUUAAAGAACUCAAAUCAGAGGAGAGGGGUUUGUGUUUGAUUCAUCUAUUACUCACUUGUGCCAAACAUGUAGCUUCAGGAAACUUUGAACAUGCCAACAUUGCCCUUGACCAAAUCUCCCACCUUUCGUCUCCCGAAGGAGAUACAAUGCAGCGAAUUGCUUCAUAUUUCGCUGAAGCCCUUGCUAACCGAAUCCUCAAGACAUGGCCUGGCAUUUAUAAGGCUUUAAAUUCCACAAAGAUAUCGUUUGCUUCGGAGAACAUUUUGGUUAGGAGGAUGUUCUUCGAGUACUUUCCUUACUUGAAGAUAGCGUUUGUGAUUGCUAAUCAAGUGAUAAUUGAAGCCAUGGAAGGGGAGAAGAUUGUUCAUGUGGUCGAUCUAAAUGCUUCCGAGCCUACUCAGUGGCGUGCACUCCUUCGUGAUUUGAGUGCACGCCCUGAAGGCCCGCCCCAUUUGAGGAUUACGGGUGUUCAUCAACAGAAAGAGGUUUUGGACCAAAUGGCGCGCGUAUUGAUUGAAGAAGCCGAGAAGUUGGAUAUCCCAUUUCAGUUCAAUCCCAUUGUGAGUAAAAUAGAGAAUCUUGAUGUCGAGAAAUUGAAUGUUAAAACAGGUGAGGCGUUAGCGAUUAGCUCUGUUCUACAACUUCAUUCGUUGUUGGCACCUGAUGACCAUGAAGUCGCGAAAUCGAAGUCAUCAUUAACUUCCAAGAACUCGAAUGGGAUCCAUUUUCCAAGAGUCCUCCAAGUGAAUCAAAAACCUCUUGGAGAGUUGCUUGAAAAAGAUUUGGCCAAUGGGUAUAGCCCAAGUCAAGAUACGGCCUCAUCUUCACCUUCUGUCACUUCCACAAAAAUAGAUGGAUUUCUUAACGCCUUGCGGGGUUUGUCACCGAAGGUCAUGGUGGUAUCAGAACAAGAUUCUAAUCACAACAAAUCCGCUCUGAUGGAAAGACUUUCCGAAUCUUUAUACUUCUAUGCUGCAUUGUUUGACUGCUUGGAAUCUACGUUACCGCGAACUUCAAUGGAGAGACUGAAGGUGGAGAAGAUGUUAUUCGGAGAGGAGAUCAAGAACAUCAUAGCUUGUGAAGGUGGUGAGAGGAAGGAGAGGCACGAAAAGCUCGAUAAGUGGGUUCAAAGACUUGAUUUGGCUGGAUUUGGGUGCGUGCCAUUGAGCUAUUACGCUCUUUUGCAGGCUCGGAGAUUGCUCCAAGGGUAUAGUUGUGAUGGGUGUCGGAUCAAAGAAGAGAACGGCUGCGUGGUCAUGUGUUGGCAAGACAGACCCCUUUUCUCAGUUUCGGCAUGGAAGUGUAGAAGGUGAAAAGGUGUUAGGGUUCGGGGUUUUUCCAGAUGUUUUCUCAUGUUUCCCUUUUGUUUUUGCUGUAUGAGGGAUGAUCCAGAUAUGCAUAGCUGUUGCUUUAAUAUAGUGAACCUAAUUCUGCUA